UCUAAUUGGAUAAAGAGACAGCAUGAGACAUACAUAUAGUUUAAUUUGUAGGUGUUUUGAGUCAAACAUAAUGAAUGGAACAUUCUAAGCCAUAUAACCAACACCAGCACGCACCAACCAACCAAAUACAUAGCUUACACAAUAUAAAAUCAGAAAUUCUCUUGUAUAUAAAGUGGGUAGCUAGCUAGGCAGAUUCAUCAACACAAACCAUCCAUCUCAAAAAAAAAGAAAAAGGAAAACAUCAACAUCGAUGAUGGCCAAGUUUAUUGGUUUCCUCGUACUAGUCUUGUUAAUGCAAAUGAUGAUUCCGAAAGCAGCUGGUGCCGGCGGCGGCAAGUGGAACCUCUUACGGUCAAACAUCGGGGUGUCUGCCAUGCACAUGCAGCUGCUGAACAACGAUCGUGUUGUGAUCUUCGACCUCACUGAUUUCGGGCCCUCAAACAUCUCCCUCCCAAACAACCGCUGUCGCGACAACCCCAACGAUCUGACACUCCAACACGAUUGCACGGCGCAUUCCGUUGAGUACAACGUGGCUACCAACUCAAUCCGCCCACUCUACGUCUACUCCAACGUCUGGUGCUCUUCUGGAGCCGCCAUGCCUGAUGGUUCUCUAUUGCAGACCGGAGGCUUCAACGAUGGCUAUAAUACUGUUAGAGUCUUUAAACCAUGCAACGACGCUUCUUGUGACUGGCAGGAAUUUAACAACGUCCUCACUCACAGAAGAUGGUAUGCCACCAAUCAUAUUUUACCAGAUGGAAGGCAGAUCAUUUUUGGUGGACGCGACCGCUUCUCCUACGAAUUUUACCCCAAAAGGUCUGGAGCUGAUCUAGCGAUCGAGUUGCCUUUCCUUAGGGCCACCCGAGAUCCCACCAUUGAAAACAAUCUCUACCCCUUUGUUUUCUUGAACGUGGACGGAAAUCUAUUCAUCUUCGCCAACAAUCGAGCUAUCUUGUUCGACUAUGUAAGGGGAGUGGUGGUGAGAACUUACCCGACCAUCCCGGGUGGGGAUCCCAGGAACUAUCCUAGUUCGGGUUCUGCAGUUCUGCUUCCGUUGCAAACCGGAGGAGUUGCCGAAGUUUUGGUGUGUGGCGGAGCACCAAAAGGGUCCUUCACAAGUGCGAAUAAUGGCAACUUUGUGGCGGCGCUUAAUACCUGCGGGAGGAUCCGAAUAAAUGACGCGAAUCCGCAGUGGCUCAUGGAGACCAUGCCAUUGGCCAGAGUCAUGGGUGACAUGGUGCUGCUGCCCAAUGGAAAUGUCUUGAUCAUUAACGGCGCCGGCGCUGGUACAGCCGGCUGGACUAUAGCUCGUAAUCCUGUGCUUACACCCCUCAUUUAUCGACCCAAUAAUCCGGUGGGGUCGAGGUUUGAGGCACAGAACUCCAGUUCUAUCCCUCGGAUGUACCACUCCACUGCAAUAUUGCUUCGUGAUGGCCGUAUUCUUGUGAGCGGCAGCAAUCCUAAUGCUUAUUACACUUUCGCAGGGGUGAACUAUCCCACCGACUUGACAAUGGAAACUUACUCUCCGGAAUACUUGGAUCCGCAGUUUGCAAGUGUGCGUCCCACCAUUGUUUCGCCGGCUUCACAUUCUCAACUUGGCUACGGCCAACAACUCACCAUUGCUUUCACUGUUCAAGACACUUCCAUAAAUACAGAUUUCGUUACUGUCACGAUGGUUGCGCCUCCCUUCACUACACACUCCUUUUCCAUGAAUCAAAGACUCCUCCUUCUUUCCGGCGCCACUACUACAUCUUUGGGAGGAUCCAAUUAUCAAGUUCGGGUUUCCUCGCCCGCUUCCAAAAUCCUUGCUCCUCCUGGAUUCUAUCUUCUCUUUGUUGUUUAUCAACAAGUUCCUAGCCAAGCUAUUUGGCUCCAACUCAACUAGGCCGCCAAUUCUACCUACAUUUCCAUCACCCGCGCGCCAAUUUCUGCAAUGUUAGUUUAGUUUUACGUACGUGUGUAAGAAUCUCGGUUCGACCUUUCAUUUUAUCAUAUACUACAAAAUUAAUUUGUCUCUAACAAA